UCCUUGCUCGGCAUCGUAGAUCUACGCAUUCACUCCUUCACAUCCCUUUGUACACGACAUCACCACAUCUGAGCCCAAAGCUGGCUCAUCGACAUCGCUAUGGAGCCGAUCACGUUGGGCGUCUGCGCACUUGAUCGCAAGGCUCGCAGCAAGCCGAUGCAGAACAUCUUGAACCGCAUAUUAGCUAAUAGAGACCUCGACGUCAGCAUCGUCAACUUCGGCGACAAGGUCAUCCUCGACGAGCCGGCAGACUCAUGGCCAGUCGUUGACGUCCUCAUUUCAUUUUUCAGCUCCGGUUUCCCGCUUGACAAGGCGAUCUCGUAUGUCGAGCUGCGCAAACCCGUCUGCGUCAAUGAUCUUGCUCUCCAGAAGAUCUUAUGGGACCGCAGAGCCGUCCUCGCCAUCCUCGACGCUGCUCAGGUUCCGACACCCUUUCGCAUCGAAGUUGACCGUGAUGGUGGGCCCGGUAUUGAGCCUUCGAUUGGCCUUGAUCUCAAGAAGCGAUUGGGUGUAGAUCUGCUCAGCAAGAGGCCAAUCAAGGACUGCUAUCUCAAGGACGAGGACACCCUUGUCGUUGGCGAUCAGGAGAUCCGCAAGCCAUACGUCGAGAAGCCCGUCAGCGGCGAGGACCAUAACAUCCACAUCUACUUCCCUCGAUCCAUGGGAGGCGGUGGGCGAAGGCUCUUCCGCAAGGUCGGCAAUAAGUCGUCCGAAUUUGACCCAAAUCUCAUGGAGCCGCGCAAGGAGGGUUCCUACAUCUACGAGGAGUUUGUGAGCGUCGACAACGCAGAGGAUGUCAAAGUCUACACCAUCGGCCCCUACUUCGUCCACGCAGAGACCCGCAAGUCACCUGUUGUAGACGGCCUCGUUAAGCGCAACCCCGACGGCAAGGAGAUUCGCUAUAUCACGAAGUUGUCUGAAGCCGAGGUCAAGAUGGCCACCUCGAUCAGUAAAGCCUUAAAGCAGAACAUCUGUGGAUUUGACCUGCUACGAGUGGGGGACAAGAGUUAUGUCAUUGAUGUCAAUGGCUGGAGCUUUGUCAAGGGGAACGACUACUACUACGACAAGUGCGCAGAGAUCCUCAGCAAGUUCUGCAAGGCCAACACUCCAAGGCGAUCCCUCUCGGCCAGCGGCGCUUCCACCCCUCGUACUGACAGGGAGCAAGGGCAGUCAUCGUGGAAUCUCAAAGCGACGGUCACCGUCUUUCGUCACGGUGAUCGCACGCCCAAGCAGAAGCUCAAGCGCAGCUUCAAGGCGAAAGACUCAUGGACGGCUCCGCUCAUUGAGCUCCUGCAAGGUCGCAAAGAGGAGAUCAUUCUGCGUCAACAGCUCGACCUCGUAUCGACAGCCGCUGCAAAGGCGCGUGACCUCAAGGGCGACGGCGUCGAAGACCUCGACCUGGUCAUCGACGUCAUCCAACGCAAGAAAGACAUGCCAGGGACCAAGGUUCAGAUGAAGCCAGCUUUCAAAGAGGGUCAGCUCGACAAGAUGACCCUCAUCGUCAAGUGGGGCGGCGAGUUUUCUCAUGCUGCUCGUCAUCAGGCUCGUGACUACGGUCAGAACAUGCGCCGCGACAUGAUGAUCAUGUGCCCGAAAGCGCUCAAGAACUGCACCAUCUACACCUCUUCCGAGCGCCGUGUCACCGCCUCUGCUGAGAUCUUUGCAGGCGCCUUCCUCGACGAUCCGGAGGACCCAGAUCAGAAUCCUCACCAACUUGUUAUUCGCAAGGAUCUCCUUGAUGAUUCCAACGCAGCAAAGGACGACAUGGAUGCGGUCAAAAAGAAGCUCAAGGCUUCGCUCAAAAUCGAUGGCCCUGACUCUGAAGUUCGUCCUGACAACUGGCCGGAGGAUAUGGCUCCCCCUGCGCAACUGGCAAGGGAGAUUGGUAGCAUUCUCGGCGAGUUGUCCAAGGUCAUGGCCGCCAACUUCCAACGUCUCGACGUCGACAAGCUACAGACACGAUGGUGUACGCACGAGACGCCCAAGCUCUUCCGCGAGCGCUGGGAUAAGCUCUUCGCAGACUACGAAGAAGAGCCCAACGACCCUUCUCGGACGUCGGAGCUGGCAGACAUGCUCAGCCACGACGGCCUGCACAAUCGCGCUUUCCUCCAGGCCAUCUUCUCUGACCCGAGCGCACCGGACGGUGAGCACUUGGCCAAGCUUGGAGAACUGUACAGGAGGAGCUGCGCGCUUUUCCAGUAUGUGUGCCCGAGGGAAUACGGCAUUGAGCCCCAGGAGAAAGAGCGUAUUGGCCUUCUCACCAGCAUGCCGCUCAUGCGGAAUAUCAUUGCUGACUUGGAACGGGCAGAAGAAGGGUCUCUCUGCUCCCUCUACUUCACAAAGGAGAGCCAUAUCCACACACUACUCAACCUGAUCCUCGCCUCCGACCUGCCGGUCAUCAUGCCGACCAUGCCUCCCCUCGACUACUUUUCGAGCAUCACUUUUGAAGUCUUCGAAAAGACGGCACAGCCACCUAGCACGGCCCCACCUAGUGCUGCUCAUUCCCCUGCACCCUCAGUAGGAGGUCACGAGGCCGCACCUGCACUGGCUCCUCAGCCUCGAGGCUCGACCAACUCCCCUUCGCCUCCCCCGUCCGCUGCCGCAUCACGGGGCAACUCUCCCCCUUCAACACGCGCCGAGCGCUCCCUCCUCAUCACAGUCUCAGAGGGUGCUCAUUCAUCCUGCAUCCUCUCCAUUGACCUGGAUGCCCGUCAUUCAAUCCACCCUUUGCCUCGAAGACCCCUCACACAGCAUAUCGAGCUCGCCGAAGCCGUACGGAGGCUAUCGGCGCAUUCGUUGAGCUUGACGAGGGAGGUGGACGAGCUCAUGCUUGCGCGGGGCCAGAUUGAAGGCGCGGCGGUAUUCUUUGGGGAGAAGGAGGCGGAGAGUGAGCAUGGGUUGCUGCCAGUUGCUGUGGGGAGGGAGGGAAGAAGAGGGAGUACAGAGACAGACCGGGGGAGUGUGACUGCUUGACGUAGGCAGCUGAAGGAGGAGCAGAGCAGACGUAAAGAUGCUCCUGCCUGUCAUGACGACGCGCAAUACUAGAUUCGUUGCAUUCCCGUUACAUUGGCUCAUUGCUGCUUGCUUGCUUUUGCUUGCACCUUGCAGACCCUUGUUGUUUUGCCCUUACUCAUCGGCAACCACGUACUUUUCCACCUUCUCGAUCCACAGUCCCUUCUCAACACCACCACCCCUUGACGGCUUGACCUUCUCCAACCAAUACUCCCACCACCAAGCAUGUGUCCCCUCAUCCGGUCCGCCGCGGUCCCG